ACUCACUGCUUUCUAAUUUGGUAUGUAAAUUCUCAAUUAAAUGGACGAAAAAUAAUCAUUAUCAUAACUUUUUUCAAUUAAUUGGGGAGACUCCUUUUCCCAUUUAAUUGUGUGAACAGAUAAAUUAAUGUAGGACGGAAAAGUGAUGGACUCUACUCAACCCUUGAACCGUGAGAAAUGGUUAAAUCCCAUUGCUCUAUUCACCUGUAUUUCCCUAGACAAAGAGUAAGGACGCACAUUUGUCAGCUGUAACCCUUGUAGAGCAAACGGGAAUUAGGUGCAGUGGGGAAAGUAGAAGGUGGGGCCAAUGGGGCACCUACCCACCAUUUAAUUCCAUUUGGAAAAGCAACAAGAGAGAGACAGGGAAGAGGGGUAUUUGGAGAGGAGGCUGCGAGGGAGGAUUUGGGAGAGAAGGAAAGCAACAUGUUCGGACUGUAAUCUGUUUUUGUGUAAGUUACUGGUAGAAAAGAUCUACUGUCUUUCCCUGACCUUUCAGUCCAGCUGAAUUAACAGGAGAAGAAGCAAAUGCCCCUCUCACAACUGGUGAAGGAGGAACCCCACUCCCUCUCGUCAGUCAUAUCCGACGGUGCUGGCGGAUCCGACAACAUCACCACACUCCGUUCCCUCUAAGCCAUCCAAUGCAAAGAAGAGGAAGAAGACUCUAGCCAUGACCGCAGCUCCUGCCCCCAAAGGCAUUGUUGCUGUGGUCGGCGUCGGUCCUCGUCUCGGCCGCUCCAUUGCUCGCAAGUUUGCUCAUGAAGGCUACACAGUCGCCAUACUCGCCAGAGACCUAGGCAAGUUGUCCAGGUUCGCAGAUGAGAUAGCAAGGGAGGAGAAGGGUCAGGUGUUUGCAAUAAGGAUCGACUGCUCUGACCCUAAGAGUGUGCGGGAGGCGUUCGAAGGGGUGCUGUCGCUUGGGUUCGUGGAGGUGCUGGUGUACAACGCCUGUGCCCCCCAUCCACCACAUGCACAGGGCAGCAACUUUCAGAAUGUGAGCCUCGAAUCCUUUGAGAAUGCGCUAGCGGUGUCGGCGGUUGGAGCCUUCCAAUGUGCCCAAUCUGUCAUCCCUGGGAUGGUGGAGAGGAGGCGUGGUACCAUCCUCUUCACCGGCUCUUCGGUCUCCCUUCGCGGCCUCCCCGGCCAUUGCGAGCUGAGUUGUGGUAAGUUUGCUCUGAGGGGCUUGUCCCAGUGUCUUGCCGACGAAUUCCAGCCGCAGGGUAUCCACGUUGCUCACAUAGUCAUCGAUGGUUCGGUUCGUCCCCCAGGGUACUCCGAAAGCUCAUCAUCAACCAGAGGAGCAGUAGCAGGAGCAGGAGCAGAGGCGGCCUCUGAGUCCGAGGGGUUAAUGGAUCCAGACGCACUGGCGCAGACGUACUGGCACAUCCACUUUCAGGAUAAAUCCGCCUGGACUCGGGAAAUUGACCUUCGAUCCUAUUCCUGCCACUGAGCCACCAAUAUUCCAUGCCUUCCCUUGGGGGGAAGAAACAGAAUAUCAAAGGUGAAAUGCAGCAAUUAUUUUUAGAUAUUCUGGGGACAUCAUGUCUUCGCAAAAGGGCAGAAAAAGAGAGGUCAAUUAUAUAUUUUUUAAAUUAUGAAAAAAGCGUCCAUUUAUGUGUGGGCGGCUAUGCUGUGUGUCUCUUUCUGGCAAUGCCAACGACGAAAGGUAUCCACGAAGCAAGCAAGAUCUCUCUUGGUCCACGUUGUGCUCUCGGCUUCCAUUAAUCGCUGUACCUCUUUAUCUCCCUCAUGUAAUCAUUAAUACACCUAAUUAUUGGAAGGCCCCACAUUACAUUCUGAUAGCGAAAUAUACC